GGGGAUUACAGGCGCUUGUAGCUAGACUAGGCUAUCUUUAGGUAGGCCAUGGAAGUUAGAACACAAGACAGUUUGGGAAUUCUAUAUCCAUCAUUUAAGGUUUUAUGAAUGAUCCUCAAUAUUCUCAAUAAACUAUCGAGGCAUAACUGCAUAACAUGACAAAAUGUCACUAUCUGGGAAGUUAAUAAAUGCAAAUACAAAAGUGUAACAAUUUGUUACAGAAGACACCCAAACUUAUGUCUCAAAACUGUGAGGUGACAUAAAAUCUAGUUUUAUAUGUAUUAUUGAACAAAACAUUUAUUUAAUAUCAAUAGUUUACAUGAUUUUAUUCUGAAUAAACUGAUUAAGUAACACUUUAACUUCCUCUUAGUCUAGUAGUUGUUCAAUUUAACAAUAAAUCACUUAUGAUUGUGGUACUAUUGAUCAUGUCAUGUGGUACUAAUGAUCACAUCACAUGGUACUAAUGAUAAUGUCAAAUGUCAAUAGCACUGAUAUGUACUAAUGAUAAUAUCAAUGGCACUUAUGAUCAUGUCACAUGGUACUUAUUUUCACUUCAUAUGGCACUAAUGAUAAUGUUAAUAGCACUGAUAAUGAUCAUAUCAAUGCCACUAAUAAUCAUUUCAAUAGCACUAAUGAUGAUUUCAAAGGUAUUAAUGAUGAUUUCAAUAGCACUAGUGAUCAUUUCAAUAGCACCAAUGAUAAUUUCAAUAGCACUAAUGAUCAUUCCAAUAGCACCAAUGAUCAUUUCAAUAGCACUAAUGAUCAUUUCAAUAGCACCAAUGAUCAUUUCAAUAGCACUAAUGAUCCAAAAGCACUAAUGGUCAUUUCAAUAUCACUAAUGAUCAUUCCGAUAGCACCAAUGAUCAUUUCAAUAGCACUCAUGAUCAUUUCAAUAGCACCAAUGAUAAUUUCAAUAGCACUAAUGAUCAUUCCAAUAGCACCAAUGAUCAUUUCAAUAGCACUAAUGAUCAUUUCAAUAGCACCAAUGAUCAUUUCAAUAGCACCAAUGAUCAUUUCAAUAGCACUAAUGAUCAUGUGACAACAAUUAACUCAAUAAAUAUAUCAGCUUCUAGAAAUUCAAAAUAUACCUGGAAUAGCCUAAUUUGUUCAGUAAGGCUGCUACAAAACAAUGACAUAACAACUAUUAAGCAUAAAUAAAUAUAACAACAAACUUUGAACAUAUACUGCAAAGUAUAUUACUGCAAAUCACUUGGGUACAUGUACCUGUGUACCUUCAAUUUAGGUACAAUGUAUAUCCAUCUGAUGUACUUCUACAUACUGAAGUAUAUGUAUAAGACCCAUGAAUUGUGUCACCUUUGUGACAUCAUGAUGGUGCAAAAUAAUCAAACAAUUUCAAACAAUUGAAUACCUUGGUAAAAUGAGAAUCAUAUAGCUGCAUAGAGGCAAUUUUCUAUACACAAGUACUCAUGUUUCAGAAGAACUUGCCAUUCUGAAAUGCUCAAAUGGAUGGUUAAUCUAAUGCAGUGCUUGAAAUGAUGGUUUUAAUACCCAUUUAAAAUUCU